UCAUGCUCAUUGUUACAGGAAAAGCUAAAAGCAGCAGGAGUCCUUACACAACAUUGCAAUCUUAUUUGACUGAUAGCUUCAGGGGGAUGGCACUACUUCACUCCACCAUGGGUUGAGUACUGAAUAAUACUGAUGUCAUUGGUUUUGAUCCCGGUGAUGUUAGUGCUGUGUUCAUUCUGGAAUUUCUUGCACUUGUUCCAGAAUGUAGUGUUGUUCAAGAAUUAGUACAUGUACAGGACACCUAUGCAACUACCACGAUGAAUGUCCGCCCUGCUACGCCAGAUGACCUGAUGAACAUGCAGCACUGCAACCUGCUGUGUCUGCCGGAGAAUUACCUCAUGAAGUACUACUUCUACCAUGCGCUGUCGUGGCCGCAGCUCAGCUACGUGGCCGAGGAUGAGAGAGGCAAUAUUGUGGGGUACGUGCUGGCCAAGAUGGAGGAGGAGACGGAGGACGAUGACGACCGGCACGGCCACAUCACCUCGCUGGCCGUCAAACGCUCGCACCGCCGGCUCGGCCUGGCGCAGAAACUCAUGAACCAGACGGCGCGCGCUAUGGUCGAGGUGUUCAACGCCAAAUAUGUCAGUCUGCACGUGAGGAAAAGCAACCGCGCUGCGCUGAAUCUCUACAACAACACGCUAAAAUUUAGCACAUCUGACAUCGAGCCGAAAUAUUACGCGGACGGCGAGGACGCGUACGCGAUGAGGCGAGACUUGGUCGAGUUCGCUCGCCAGAACGAUAUCGCGCCCGCCAACCCGGAGACUUUCUUCAAGAGCUCAUCGGACCGGCGCCGGCACGAGGAGAAGGAAUAGCGUACCGCGCCCUCUGCUCUCGGGUGGCGGGGAUCGCUCAGCGGCUGUCGGCAGUGUCUGGGGCAUCAGGUUGUACCUUCUGGAGUGUCCCGUGAAUGUGGCAUUUUUUAUCGGAUGGAAUGAGUCUGUGCAAUGAUUUCGACCUAGCCAGAACCGUUGUCGUUUAUCGCGGCGUGGCUCGGCGUUCCCCUGAUUUCUGCAGAAUCUGGUCAACUAGCACGUCCAUACAGUUCACGCCACACUGCACAUUGUCACUACCAAACUGAGGUUUGCGCCCGAUAUAAAUCGUUUUUCGUCUGUCGUGUCUCUACCGAGACGAGCAUCUCUCUAACGUCGCUCGGAGAUUGAGAGUCGGACCACCCCAGCAAUGGACUUUGUUUUGGACACGCUGUGCUUUCGUGUUUGUUGUGUCAUGUGUGCUAAUAUAUGACCGAAUUUACG